AUGGAUCCCGCCAAGCGCGCCCCAGGCCGCAGGGCCGCGGCGAGUGGGAUGCGGCUCUGGGCUGCGGCGGCGGCGCGGGAGCUUAGAGAAAACCUGAGGGGCACAGCCCCCCUGCAGGGGAGGGGCCUUUCUCGGACCCCGAAGCCGGAGGAGCCUGGAGAGGAGGAGGAGGCGGCAGCUGCCGGACACGAGUUCCUACUGCCAAAUGAGAGAAGCUUCCAGAAUGCUGCUAAAAGUAAUAAUUUGGAUCUUAUGGAGAAGCUGUUUGAGAAGAAGGUUAACAUUAAUUCUGUGAACAAUAUGAACCGCACGGCCCUGCAUUUUGCAGUGGGGAGAAGUCAUUUAUCAGCGGUGGAAUUCUUGCUUAACCACAAGGCCAGGGUGGAUGUGGCUGAUAAGCAUGGCUUGACGGUAAUUCACCUGGCAGCCUGGUCUGGAAGCCUCGAAAUCAUGCUCAUGCUGGUUAGAGCUGGAGCAGACCAGAGAGCUAAGAAUCAGGAUGGAAUGAACGCCCUCCACUUUGCAGCUCAGAGCAACAGCGUGCGCAUCGCCGAGUACCUCAUUCAGGACCUGCACCUGCAGGACCUGAACCAGCCUGACCAGAAAGGAAGAAAACCAUUUCUUUUGGCAGCUGAGAGGGGCCACGUUGAAAUGAUAGAAAAACUUACCUUCCUUCAUCUACAUACUUCAGAAAAGGACAAGGACGGAAACACUGCCCUGCACCUCGCGGCAAAGCACGGCCACUGUCCUGCGGUGCGCAUGCUGCUAACUCAGUGGGAAGAAAUAAAUGAGACCAACGAGAAUGGAGAGACACCAUUUUUUCUGACUGUAGAAGGAGGUCAUGAAGAAUGCAGCAAAGUGCUACUGGCAGCAGGAAGUGAUGUCAACAUUCCAAAUAAAUUCAAUGUCAGUGUUUUGCAGAUAGCAACCCGGAAUGGUCAUGCAUCCCUUGUCGAUUUUCUUCUCAGUGAGAACGUUGAUCUGCACCAGAAAGUGAAACCUAAGGAGUCCCCUCUUCACUUAGCGGUUAUCAACAACCACAUCACGGUUGUGAACAGCUUAUUAGGUGCACAGCAUGACACUGACAUCUUAAAUCAGAGGCAGCAAACACCUCUGCAUGUAGCUGCUGACCUUGGAAAUGUGGAACUGGUGGAAACUCUGCUGAAGGCGGGCUGUGACUUGAAGGUGGUUGAUAAGCAAGGAAAGACUGCCCUGGCUGUGGCCUCCAGGAGCAACCACAGCCUGGUGGUGGACAUGCUCAUUAAGGCAGAGAGAUACUAUGCCUGGAGAGAGCAGCAUCAGGAGAGCGACAGGGACCCGCCGACCAGCUUUACACUGACGUUCAAGCAGGAUCAUAGCCUAGAGACCAGGCACAUUCGCACGUUCCUCUGGGACCUGGCUUACCAUCAGCUGAAGGCCAAUGAGUGGCAGAUGCUCGCCCGUUCAUGGAACUUUACUGAUGACCAGAUCAGAGCCAUCGAGGAGCAGUGGUCAGGAAAAGACAGCUUCCGGGAGCACGGGCACAGGGCUCUGCUGAUCUGGCUGCAUGGGGCCCUGCAGACACAGGCUGAUCCAGCCAGGUACUUGUAUGAAGAACUGGUGCGUGCGGGCUUCCCACAACUAGCUGUAAAGAUUCAUCAAUUCAAAAGCAAAACUGACUCAAGCUCCAAGAAAUGUGCAGUUUCAUAAAUACCUAAAGAAAAUUGUAUAAAAGUGAUUUCCAUACAGCAUUCAGUUCUUUUAAAUCCAGUUCCUUUAAUGCCAUAAAUUUCUCCUAGAAGUAUUAAUUUUUCUCUCAGCCAUGAAGGUGGUGAGACAGAAUCUUUAUCUGAAAAAACAUUUUUAAAGGUUUUUGCCAUUAGGUCAUAUAUGAUCACCAGAGAGAGAU